UUGAAUGAUGAGUGGAAGAGACAGGUUUCCUUUUACUGCAUCUCAGUAUCAAGAGCUUGAACACCAAGCUCUAAUCUUCAAGUACAUGGUCUCUGGUGUCCCCAUACCACCUGAUCUCCUCUUCACCAUCAAGAGAAGCUGCUUGGAUUCCUCACUUCCUUCAAGGCUUUUCUCUUACCAGCCUCAACAUAUUGGAUGGAACUGUUUCCAGAUGGGAUUGGGGAGAAAAGUGGACCCAGAGCCGGGGAGGUGUAGAAGGACCGAUGGAAAGAAAUGGAGAUGCUCGAAAGAAGCCUACCCUGAUUCAAAGUACUGUGAGAGACACAUGCACAGAGGCAAAAACCGUUCAAGAAAGCCUGUGGAAGUUAGUAAUACAACAAUGGCAAACCCUUCAACAGCAACCCGGAACAUCUCAUCAUCUAUAACCAAGGCUCAUCCUUCUAUUCCUUCCAUGUCCUUGUCUUGUGAUUCCCAAGAGCAGCACCAUCAAUUUCGCCACCAUGGUUACAAUCAUCCCUUUAUGUAUCCACAUGCAUCGAGGCCUCCGGGGGUUGGCCUGUCAUCUCAAGAGAACACCACCCAUUCUCUCUUGGAUUCUGGCUCGUACUCCCAGACAAACACAGAUUACAGAAGAAACAGUUAUGUGUAUGGGCUGAAAGAAGAGGUGGAUGAGCAUGCUUUUUUCUCUGAGCCUUCCGGAACAAUGAGGAGCUUUCCUGGUUCUUCUGUUGAUGAUUCAUGGCAAUUUGGACCACUAAAGAUGAGUUCUUCUUCCUCCUCGAAGCAGAGGAACUGUUCUGAAUACUCUUACUUGCAGCUUCAAAGCCUCACCGAUCACAGCACAAAACAAAGCAAGCGGGACGAUGAUGAGCAAUGCUACAUCAGAUUUGAAAUGCCUAAUGAACUGGAGAAAGGAGAACCCCCAAAGACGGUCCAUCGUUUCUUUGACGAAUGGCCACCAAAACAAAGGGAUUCAUGUCUGGAUUUGGAUGAUAAAUCAUCAAACAGCUCAUCAGUUUCAACAACCAGGCUCUCAAUAUCCAUCCCUUCCACCUCACAUGACUUCCCCAUUUUCAAUUCAAGAACUCAUAAUGAUGGUUGAAUAUCCAGUACCAGCAGUAGGUCUGCAUUAGAGAACAAUGAUGUACUUGGUAGAGAUCACUUCUUUCUGUGAAUUCUGACCGUUUAGUAAUCUUUCGUUUGUUUCUUCUGGUUAAAUGAACAUUGGGUUGUGUUUUCCCCCA